GCGCGCGGGAGGAGGAGGAGGAGGAGAAGGAGGGGGGCGCGUUGGGUCGCCCCCGCCCCUUCCCGAAGCUACCGGCGCGUGGACUCUGGCUGCGCGCGCGCGAGCUGUUGCCGGGAUGUGGCGUUGGCGGCGCGUGGGGCAGGCACUGCAGCGGCCCCUCCGCGAGCGGCUCCUGCUGCCGCCCGGCUGGGGGCCGCGCGCUGGGGCCGCCGCCGCCGCCGCCUCCCCCCUACCCAGCGCGAGCCCGGGCGGUUUGUACGAGGCGCUGGCCGAGUCGGCCCCCGUGCACUGGGCGGAGAGCGGGCUGGUGGCGCUGCAGGCGGGCACCGGCCUGCCCUGGUGGCUCAGCAUCGUGUGCGCCGGCGCCGCCCUGCGCACCGGCCUCACCCUGCCGCUGGCCGCGCACCAGGGCCACGUCCUGGCCAAGCUGGAAAAUUUGCAGCCUGAAAUAGAAAACCUAGCUAAGCGUCUUCGCUAUGAAGUUUCAAUUCGUGGGAAGCAACUGGGUUGGUCUGAAAAAGUUGCUAGGUUCCAUUUCAGGAAGAAUAUGGGAAGGAUUGUUUCAGAGUUGUAUGUUCGAGACAACUGCCACCCCUUCAAGGCUAGUCUGUUGAUGUGGAUACAGAUUCCAGUGUGGGUGUUUGUUUCCAUAGCUUUGCGUAACUGCAGUGUAGGUGCAGCAGACUCAGAAGUCCUUGCAGUUCAGGAACAGCUGUCAACAGGUGGAACCCUGUGGUUUACAGACCUUACUGUACCCGAUACUACAUGGAUUUUGCCAGUUUCACUUGGGCUCCUCAAUUUGCUGAUAGUGGAGAUCUUUGCUCUGCGAAAACUUGAACUGUCCAGGUUCCAGAAGUACGCUACCAACUUCAUUCGAGGACUGUCAAUACUGAUGGUUCCUAUUGCUGCAACUGUACCUUCAUCCAUGGCUUUGUACUGGUUAUUCUCCAGCUUCAUGGGACUCUCACACAACCUGCUACUGCGCUCUCCAACUUUUCGUCGACUGUGCCGCAUCCCAAGGACCAAGUCUGACUCAGACACUCCUUAUAGGGAUAUAGUCUCUGCCUUUUAUACUAAGUACUUUUUUAAAAAGUGAUUCAUUUUGCAUUCAGUGGAAGAACUACCCUAUACAGGCAACUUGAGUAAUUCAGAAGUCAUAUUGUAUUGAAAUGUAUCUAUUUAAUAUGGGGCAAAUCUAUGCUACCAUGCUGCAUCAGCGCAGUUGCACUGAUGCAGCUGCACUGCUGUAGCGCACCUGGUGAAGAAAUGCUAUGCUGACGGGAAGGCGUCUCCCACUGACAUAGCGCAGUGUGGACACUGCUUUAAGUCAAUGUCACUUACGUCACUCGGGUGUGAAAAAGCCACCCCCUGAGCAACGUAAGUUACAUCAGCUGAAGCAGUAGUGUAUCCAAGCCCUGAAUGUCUCCUUGAAACAGAAUGUAAAAGGCUGUCGUUGGAACUGUAUUUUUCCUAAUAAAACAGUGGCUGUCUCUGACAAGAA